AUGGUCCCAAAAGAGGACUAUCAGUUUGUUGGGAUUGUUCAACUGCUUCAUCAUUUUAGAUGGACAUGGAUUGGCAUUUUUGCUGUAGAUAACAGCAAUGGAGAAAAUUUCUUACAGAAAAUGGAGCCCUUAUUUUCACAGAAUGGCAUCUGCUCAUCAUUCAUUCAAUGGUUUCCACAACUCAUCAAUCUGGCAGACUACAAAGACCUUUAUUUCCAAAUUUCCAGUAUUUCCAUUAAUUUGAUGAAUAGCAAAGUCAAGACAUUGCUUGUCUAUGGUGAAUCAUUGACCUUAAUGUCUCUCAGAGGUGUUGCAUUUGUGGCAGAUUCUGAAAAUAAGAAAAUUGCAUUACUUGGAAAGGUGUGGCUCAUGACUGCACAGAUUGAUUUUACACUCUCAGGCCUUCAAAUCAAAUCAGAUCUCCAGAUGUUCCAUGGAGCUAUUUCCUUCACCAUUCAUUCAAGAGUAGUUGCAGGUUUCAAGGAAUUUCUUCAGACUGUAAAUCCUCUUUCAGGCCACAGAAAUAGUUUUUUGCAGAAUGUUUGGGAACAAUCAUUUGACUGUUCAUUUCCAAAACCAGAAUUACAAGAAAUGCCCAAUAGACCAUGCACUGGGGAGAUGAAGCUGGAGGGUCUUCCUGGGCCUGUGUUUGAAAUGGAAAUGACUGGACACAGCUACAGUGUCUACAAUGCUGUUUAUGCUGUGGCUCAUGCUUUGCAGGCUUUAUAUAUGUUACGUUUCAAUAGAAAAAAAACUACAAUAAGUAAAAAUCCUGAGCUUCCAGAUAUGCAAUCUUGGCAGCUCCAUCCAUUUCUUCAACACAUUUCUUUUAACAAUACAGCUGGAGAGACAGUAUUCCUGAAUGACAAAGGAGAAGCAAUGAGUGGAUUUGACAUCAUUAAUUUCAUCCCUUUUGCAAACAGAUCCUUUCAGAGAGUUAGAGUUGGAAAGAUAGAUCCUCAGGCUCCAAAAGGGAAGGAAUUAUUCAUUGAUGAAGACAUUAUUGUCUGGCACCCAUCUUUUAAUCUGGUUCCUCCAUUUUCUCGAUGUAAUGACCCUUGUUUCCCUGGAUUUUGGAAGAAAGGGAUUGAGGUAAACCAGUUCUGCUGCUAUGAUUGUGUUCCAUGCCCCAAAGGGAAGAUUUCAAAUCAAAAUGAUAUGGAAGAUUGUUUUGAAUGUUCAGAAGAUCAUUAUCCAAAUAAGGAAAAGAAAAGAUGUAUCCUGAAAUUAGUGGUGUUUCUAACCUUUGAAGAAACCUUAGGAAUCAGAUUAGUCUCAAGUGCUCUUUGUUUCUUCUUCUUGACCUCCUGGGUGCUUGGAACUUUUAUUAAGCACAGGGAUACUCCCAUUGUCAAAGCCAACAACUGGUCCCUCACCUACACACUGCUUGUCUCUCUUCAGCUCUGUUUUCUCUCCUCUUUGUUGUUCCUCAGCCAACCUGGCAAAGUGACCUGCCUUCUCCGACAAUCAACUUUUGGCAUCACCUUCUCAGUAGCCAUUUCUAGUGUACUGGCCAAAACCAUCACUGUGGUUGUGGCUUUUAUGGCCACUAAACCAGGAUCUCAGAUGAGAAAAUGGGUGGGGAGAAGAUUGGGUUUUUGUACUGUCCUUUUCUGUUCUCUCUUCCAGGUAUCUAUUUGUACUCUUUGGUUGUCAACAUCUCCCCCAUUCCCUGAGUUGGACAUGCACUCAGAUUUCCAAGAAGUGAUUUUACAGUGCAAUGAGGGUUCAGCUCCCUUCUUCUAUUGUGUUUUGGGUUACAUGGGUAUCUUGGCCAUUGCCAGCUUUAUUGUGGCUUUCCUUGCCCGUAAAUUACCUGAUACCUUUAAUGAAGCCAAGUUCAUCACCUUCAGCAUGUUGGCCUUUUGCAGCGUAUGGAUCUCCUUCUUUCCAGCCUAUCUGAGCACUAAAGGAAAAGCAAUGGUAGCUGUGGAGGUCUUCUCUAUCUUGUCCUCCAGCACUGCAUUACUGGGAUGCAUAUUUUUGCCAAAGUGCUAUAUCAUUGUUUUACAGCCACAGUUCAACCACCAGAAGUCACUCAUAAAGAAGAAUUAG